AUGGCUUUCGCACUCUCCGAACUUCUCAACCCCGAACCCACGUCCAUCGCGACUCCGGCAGAUGGUGCCCACUCUAAUAUCGAGUCGCAUGGAAUGGACACCGCGGAGCCGCCUCCCGCGUAUUUUGCGCCCGAACUUUUCCAACCCAGUGACGAUGCGCCGCCCCAUCUAGACACCGUUCCUUCAAGUGUGCAAAACGAGGAUACUCCGAUGGAUGAUGUCUCCAUGUUCAAGGAGAGCGAGCAUCUGGCUGGUCUCGACGGGUCAAACGAUGAAGAUCACAUUAAGCAGGAGAACAUGGACAUGGGCUACCCUCCUUUGGACGAGGAGCCGGACCCGGCGGUCAAUUCUUCCCUCAUGGAAAUGGUAGAGGAAUCCCUCUACGCUGAAGAUGCUCUGCCGAAAGACGCUCGAGAGAAGACCCCGAAACAACGAAAACAUCCUGGCAAGUCGAGGAAGGCCGAUCCGGAUGCUCCGCCUCGAUCGUCGAUUCACUCAUCCAAGAACGAAGGCCAGCACACGGAUCGCAGGUAUUUAUGUUACUUGUGCAACAAACUCUUCACCAGACGUCGCUCUGUCCGAGAUCACAUCUCCAAAAUCCACAACACGAAAACUUGGGAACCGGUGCGCAGCUUGGAAAUCAUCGUCGAACCUUCGACGGGGGAGCCUCUUGAACCUCUCGAGCAUAUCAUCGCCAGAGGACCCCCUCCCCCCCCUCCUAAGCUAAGCAAGGCGGAAAAGGCUUUGCGAGCAGCAAAACGGGCAGAAGACGAGGAUGAGGAUGAUGAGGAGCCACAGCCUAGAGACAAUCGCGAAGAAGACGAAGAGAAACAAGAGGCUCAGGAGGAUAUUUUGUUCGCCGCGCAACCCGUCGCUGACUGGUCGCUACCACCCACCGGUACUGCUGGAACUUUGAAGAAAGUCCCAUCGAUCGCAGAGUCAAGGGCAUCGUCCACGGAACCGUUUGCUACCCCAGCACCUCUCGCAGGCAAAAAGCGCCCGGCUCCUGAUGACCCGGCGAGACUUCUUUCCGCAGCUGCACGAAAGAAGGGUACAGCCAAGGUUAGGAGCAUCUCGAACAAGAAAGCGAAACUGAGCGAGUCCGAACAAAGUCCACCUGCGGCGAGAUCGAGUUUCCGCUCCCCAAGCGCCACUCCCAGCACGAACCAGCUCAAGCUGGGGCCCUCGAAACUGAAAACGCAGACAUCGGCUGCCAGCGUCAAGUCAUCACCGGACCCCGCUUCUUCUCGCGCCGCAUCACGAGAGAUUGGCUCUCCUUCGCCCUCGAUUGCCGACACGUCAUCGAGCUCCAAUGAUGACGGGGAGGUCUUCUGUAUCUGCCGGAAAGGAGACAAUCACACAUGGAUGAUUGCAUGUGAUGGCGGCUGCGACGAGUGGUUCCACGGGAAUUGUGUGAACAUUAAGGAACGAGAUGGCGAGCUGAUCGACAAGUACAUUUGCCCGUCUUGUACCAAACCCGGCUUGCAGACCACGUGGAAACGAAUGUGCCGGCGCAAAGAUUGUCGGAAACCUGCCCGUGUUACCCAGGUCCCUCCUAGCAAGUACUGCUCCGAUGCCUGCGGGCGAAUGUUUUUUGUGGAUCUGGUGCAAAGAGGUGACCCUCAGGCUCAGACCAGUAAGGAUGGUCAGUAUAUCAUCGAGGGACCGCCACUCAAGAAGCAUCGGAAGAAACAAAGGAGACGAGAGAAACCUUCGAAACCGCUCCUCACCCUGGUCAAUGGCGUGGACCCCGACAGUCGACUUGCCACCCCCGCAUACAGCGAUGAGGAAAAGACCGAGUAUGAGACCGACAGCAGUCUCGACGAUGACAUGCUCCCCAAUCGAGGCUCGGCACUGCGAGCUGGCGAAAUCAAAGCCCUGAUCGAGAAAUGUAAGGACAUUGAGCAACUGAAAGCACUGGGCCGGAAACCUGACACCCCGCCUCGUGACAUUGACAUGGCCGAUGUCGACUCGAAGCCACCAGCGCCAUUGGAUCUGGAAUAUGAUGAAUUGGAAACGACAAAAAUGGCCAAUAUUGUAGAGGAGAAAAAACGACUCAACGUGCGAUAUGAGAUGCUCAUCGCCCGAGAAAAGUUCUUGGAACUGAUCAAGGCUCGGUCGUCGACAAUUGUCGAGGAAAUUCGAAAGACACACCCGAAAAUGAAAGACCUGUGUGGAUUUGAUCCCAGGAUGGCGUGGUCCGAUGAAGAGUUUUCGACAUGGUACAAUCACAACGGUGGGCGGGCCAUUAUCGAUGCUGGAGCGGAUGCGAGGAUAGGACCACCCGAAGAGGCGCUAAACGAUGAAGAAAGUACAAAACUCUCUAACGGCGUCGCACAACACUCCCAAAGCCCAGGCGUGGAUGCGGAAGGGGAGGAAUACGACAACAUGCCUAAAAAAGGAGGUGUCUGUAUCAAGAAUCGUUGUCCGCGACAUCGAAACUGGGCCAAGGGACAGCUUGCCGAGGAGGAAAGAGCAUUCGCCAAAUCACACGGCUGUCUCCCACCUCAAAGCGAAUUCAGGCACCGCUGGCCAUGGGCUCUCGAUCUCAUCAAGAAGCAUGUGGCAACUGUGCUGACUGAUCACGCGCUGAUGCUACAAGUCGAGUUCACGGAGAGCAUGGGCAUCACUUUUGCUGCGUACAUGUUUGGUCUUGUUGGCUACUUCACCUCGGAUCCCUGCAAUAUCAAAGCCAUCACCGAGACUCAUUUUCAAGAUAUGGGUCUGGGAGUGAGACGGCCCGCUUGUUACCCGUUCUUUGGCGAGGGGAUCUUCACCCAAGAUGGUCCGGCCUGGAAGCAUUCGCGAGAGAUGCUCCGACGACAGUUCGCGCGAGUCCAAGCCCGAGAUUUGGAGACCUUCACGGCCCAGGUCGAAACUCUGGUCUCGACUUUUCGGGACUCCAAGGCCGCCGUGGUGGACCUUCAGCCUGCAUUCUUCCGGUUUACCCUGGCGACCACGACCGCGCUUCUCUUUGGCGAAUCGAUCGAAACAUUGUCUGCGGCAGAACAGCGCGAGUUUGCGGAACAUUUCGACAGUGCCACAUGGGCGACCGCGGUACGACUGCCUUUGGCACAUCUCAGCUUCCUGUACAAUACCCCGAGCUAUCGCAAGUCCUGCCGCAUCGUCCGGCGCUAUGCGGACCACUUCAUCGAGAGAGCAUUCCAGUACGAGCGCGAGCACGGCCGAGAAAAGGCCACCGCGAAGUAUCCCUUCAUUUUCGAUCUCUACACCGAGUACCAGGACCGAUCGUUGGUGCGGGACCAGCUCGUCAACGUGUUGCUCGCGGGACGAGACACCACCGCGUGCACGAUGUCCUGGGCAGUCUUCCAUUUGGUUCGUCACCCUGAGAUGCUUCAGAGGCUACGUGACGAGAUCAACGAGGUGGCCGACUCCGAGACGGUGAUUACGAGGUCGCACACGAGGAACAUGCCCUAUCUCAAGGCUGUGCUGAACGAAACUCUGAGACUCUAUCCACAGGUCCCGAUGAACACCAGAUGCACCGUCAGGACCACAUUUCUCCCCAAAGGUGGUGGCCCGGACGGGGAGUCUCCGGUGCUCGUGCCCAGAAACGCCGGGAUCACGUUCAGCCCGUACCACAUGCACCGGCGCAAGGAGCUCUUCGGCGAGGACGCGCACGACUACAAGCCCGAGCGGUGGCUGGACGGCAAGCUCUCUGCCACCAUCGGCUGCGCGUACAUUCCGUUCCUGCACGGGUUCCGGACGUGCCUGGGGAAGGACUUUGCCCUGUCGGAAGCGAGCUACGCCUUGGUCCGCCUCCUCCAGGCCUAUCCCGCCCUGCGACUGCCGCCGGGCACCGUAGUCGUCCCGACCGGCCGGGAAAAGCAGUCCCUGACGCUCGUGGUUUCCAGCUUGGAGGGAUGUAAGGUCGUGCUGGACUGA